AUUAAAGUCGAUGAGAUAACUGCAAAUUUAAUUCGAGAGAUAAAAACAGGGAGACAUUUACCAAUAGUUGCAAGAUUAUGUGGAAGUGGUUCAUUUGGAAAAUUGGUAAAGGAACCAACAACAUUCCAAGAUGAAUUCUUGUCCAACAUUGAGAUCUUCUUUCAUGGAAUUUCAACUUUACAAUGA